AUGGCUGAAGAAACAACUAGUGCAACACUUGACACAUUGUCAGUAAAAAUUGCCAUUAAGGAUACCAAGCCUUUAGAAUUGACUUUUUUCAAAACUGAUUCUGUCAAUGAGGUCUUUCAAACCAUUGAUGUCAUUCCAGAAGUUCAUCACAUCACCAACUACUAUCUUUUAUACCAAUCCCAAGUUUUGCAACCAACCAUUUUAUUAGCUGAUUUAUUAUCAAAUGUUGAACAAAAAAGCUUGCAAUUUGAACUGAAACCAAAGGCUUAUGAUGGUAAAUCUAUUCUUGAUCAUAUCAACAAGAUUAGAGAUAUCGUUGGUUUAACUCAACCAGAAACUUUUGGUUUAAACUCUGGUGUUUCUAAGAUUAACGAUUUGAACUUAACAAAGAUCAAAGAAGAAGAACCAAAGAAAGAAGGUGAAGAAUCCAAAUCUUUGCCGGAUCCUUCACCUGAAGAAGCUGCUGAAAUUUCUCAAGUUGUUGGUUCAUUUUUUGGUAAAUUACCAACCAAUUAUCAUUCAUCAGCUCCAUUGGCUCAACCAGCUGUCCGUGGUCUAUAUUUAAGCUCAUGGAACCCAGUGCCAUUUAAUUUCAUCCCAAAAGGUCAUUUAGCUUAUAUUAUUUUACAAACUUUAGAAGGUGAAACUUUACAUAUCACUGGAUCCACUGCAGGUUUUUAUAUCAACAAAUCCUCGAGUAACAAAUUUGACCCAUCAGCACGUGAAAACUCAAAUCAUUCCUCUACUUUGUAUGAAUUGAUUGCUAAAACUUCUAAAAAUUUCACAAAUCAAAUCAAAUCUAACAAUGAAAAAUUGGGUAAAAUUGAUCCAAUCACUUUCUUGAGACCUCAAACUGCUUUCUUAUCAAACCCAUGGGUCACCAAAGCUUCAAAUCCAAUUCCAGAUUUUGGUAAAACCCAAUUUCAAGAUAAGACUCAAAGAGAUUUCAAUGACGAAUAUCAAUCCAUAAGAGACCUUUCAAACCAGAACUUGUCAGAUCGUAUCAUCCGUGAACGUUUGUUAACUAAAACUGCCUUUGAAUUCUCUGAAAACGCUGUUAGAGGUGCUUUGGAUGUCUUGAACGGUGCUAUCCAACCGAUAGAGCCAACUGCAGACCCAUCGGAUCAAAUUUAUCUACAUAAUGGUAUCUUUUAUUCUUUCGGUGUUGAUGCUUCAGGGUUCUUUGAGCCAAAAGGUGGUGAUCACGCUGCUAGAGCUGCUUAUAAUCAAGAUUUGAACGCUAUCAAAUACUGGAACACUGUUGAUCCAAAAGGUAUUUAUACUCUGUUGACAACAAUUGUUGACUAUGCAGGUAAAAGAGUUGUUUGUCAAUCACCAGUUCCAGGUCUAUUCACUUCAGCAGAGCCAAAGGAAGUCAAAAAUGAAGAAACUGGUGAAAUUGAAUUAGUGGAUGGUGAUGCUUUAACUCAAGUUGAUUAUGGUUAUGAUGAUGCCACCAAUACUAUUAAAUCAAACCCUGAUUUUGUUAAAGACAUGGAACCAAUCAGAAAAGCUCUUCACUAUAAAAAGGCCAAAUUGGAAAACGGUGAAGUUGUUACUAAUUCUGAAAUCAAAGGUAUGAUUGGUACUGACAGACGUAAAUAUGUCAUUGAUUUAUUCAGUACAACACCAUUAGAUGUUGAAUUUAAAGAUGAACAUUUCAACCUUGAAAAGGAAAACUCUUAUCCUCAUGGUCAAGUUGUUACAAGAUUAGAAGCUGUUCAAGAAUGGUGGGCUCAUGAAGCUAAAAACAUGAUAAAAGAAGAAGCUGAAAAGAAAGGUAUUGAUUUAAGUACACCAUUAAAGGAAGGUGAAGAAGCACCAUCUGUCACUAUUGAUGAUGAUAAACUUUUAUUCACUCCAAAUGGUCCAGAAACUGAUGCCAAUGUCCGUGCCUUAUCUAAAUUUAUCAAAUCAGACUUGAUCCCAAAAUUUUUGGAACAAUAUGAUUCAAUUAUAAAUAUUAUUCCAGCUGAUGGUUCUCAUUUAUCAAGUACAUUGCAUAAACUUGGUAUCAAUCUCAGAUAUUUAGGUUACCUUGCCCAACAAGUUGAAUCUAGAAUUACAUCUAGUGAAAAGGAAGAACAAGAAUUACUUGAAGAAAAUAAGAAAGUCAACAAGGCAUUUGAUGAGAAAGCCCAAGCUAAAGAAAAGAAAAUUCAAGAAUUGAUCCAAGCUAGAGCUGAAGCAUUGAAAAAGGGUGAAGAACCAGCUGCUGAUGACUUGGAGAAAUUACAAAAAGAGGACGAGGAAGACGUUGAUGAUGAUAUUGAUGCUAAACCAGUCACAAAAUCAGUUCAAUUCAAAGGUUUGUAUGCUAUCAUCAUCCAAGAAUUGAUUGCACGUGCCGCUAAACAUAUUUUGAGAGAUUAUUCAUUAACUUUGCCAGUUUCUUUGAUCCCAUCAUUAGUUUCACAUUUCCAUAACUGUUUGCUCGGUGAAAACUUCAACGAUUCUCCAAAAGCUGUUGUUGAAAACCCAGAAUUAUACUCUGAGAGAGAAUUAUCAUUCACCAAGCUCACUCCAGAAUCUGUUAAAGAGUUGAUUGUCAAAAAUGUUAAAGUUUGGUAUAGAUAUGAUUUACCUUCUGGUUGGAACGUUAAAUACACUACUCCAUUACAAUUACAAAGAGAAAUCGCUUUGAAAUUUGGUAUUCAAUGGCAACAACGUGAAUAUUACUUCAACAAAGAAUCAUAUGAAGAAGCUCAAAAAUUAUCUAUUAAAGAUAAAAAGAGCAAGAAAUCAAAAUUAGCAUCUCCUUCUCCAGUUGGAAAAUCAAAUGUUUUCGAUCCAGAAGAUGUUUCAUUCGCCCCAUUGAUCAAGAACUCUGUCAAUCGUUCCACUGCUGCUGAACAAAUCUUUGAAGCUGGUCGUCAAAUCCUUCAAAGUACUGAUGAAUCCAAAAAGGAAGAAGGUUUGGCUUUGAUUGCUGAGUCACUUUCAGUUUAUGAACAAGUUUAUGGCCAAGUUCACCCAGAAGUUGGUAGGGUUUAUGCAACUUUGUCUCAACUUUAUCAAGAACUUGGAUUGAAACGUGAAGCUACGUUAAUGGCUCGUAGAGCUGUUGCAGUUAAUGAAAGAACUUGUGGUUUAGAUUCACAUGACACUUUGAUUGCUCUUUUGAAUUUGGCUUAUUUGGAAGUUGAAAGUGGCAGUAUCGUUAACUCUUUGAAAGUUUAUGGAUUGUUGACACAAAUUUGGGCUACAAUUUUUGACUCUAAACAUGUUUCAAUUGCUACUAUUAUUGCCAACUCAACUCUUUACUUACAAAGUGCUGGUUUAAUUCAUGAAUCACGAAAGAUUUUGGAGAAAUUAAUUGAUCUGAGUGUUGGUAUUCAUGGUGAAGAAUCAUAUGCCACCGGUUUCUUGAAAUUCCGUCAUGCUUUUGUUUUGGCUCAAGAAGAAAGAUUUGAUGAUGCUUUGAAAGAAGCAGCUACUGCUCAUAAAAUCUUGAGAAAUACUGCUAGUGAAAAACAUUACUUGACUAAACAAUCUAGAAAUUUGGUUUCUCAACUGACUAGAUAUAAGUUAAUUCAAACUGAAAAUCAAAGACAUGAAAAACAAAAAUUAAAGGCUUUAGCCAAAGACAACCAAGCAAAGGCAAAAAUUAACGGUAAAGGUACUACCAAAGCUGCUGGUACAAAGAAUUUUGAAAAUAUUGAUGAUAUUCUGAAAUUUUUGGGUGAACCAAACUCUAAUGGAACCAAAAGCAAAAAGAAGUCAAAUAAAAAAAAUUAG